AUGCGCCACAUAAAAAUGUACCCUCUAUUUUCACAUAUUUCCAGGCACAUACCGUCGAAAAAUAUCGUAUUUACUGCAACCCGGGUGAGCCCUAAUUGGACCCUUGAAAACCCGAAACAUUUUCCCUGCCCAGCAUUGCGGACGACGCUCGGGCACGCGCGUCGGCGAAUAGUUCGUACUAAUCCUUUCAAGUCCCCCUUCCCGUCAUCAUUGCCAUUUUUCGAUAGCCCGAGGGGAGCUCGAUCGACAACAACGGUUGAGCCUUUUGCACAAGGCAAGCAGAAAUGGGAAAAUCCAAAACCGGAAAGGGCCGUAAGCCGGCGCCCGCGCCGCUGUCUGUGAAGAAGACCGUCCAGAAGAAAGUUGAGAACCCGCUCUUCCAGAAGCGCCCGAAGAACUUCGGCAUUGGCCAGGAUAUUCUUCCCCAGAAUGUCGACCUUGGCCGUUACGUGAGGUGGCCGAAGUAUGUCCGUCUCCAGAGGCAACGCAAGAUCCUCCUCGUCCGCCUCAAGGUACCCCCGUCCAUCAACCAGUUCCGCCUCCCGAUGGACGCCUCCACCACGAGCGCCCUCUUUAAGCUGAUGAGCAAGUACAAGCCGGAGUCGCAGAUUCAAAAGAAGGAGCGACUCGCCGCUCUGGCUGAGGCCAAAGAGGCCGGUGGCGAUGCCACUUCGACGAAGAAGCCCGUCAGCUUGAAGUUCGGUAUCAACCACGUCACCGAGCUUGUCGAACAGAAGAAGGCGACCCUCGUCGUUAUCGCCCAUGACGUUGAUCCGCUUGAGCUUGUCGUCUGGCUCCCGGCCCUAUGCAGAAAGAUGGACGUCCCAUACUGCAUUGUCAAGUGCCGCGCGCGUCUCGGGACUCUUGUGCACCAAAAGAAUGCGACGGCGGUUUGCUUCACCGGCGUGCGUCCUGAGGACAGGGCUGAGUUCUCGAAGAUCACUGAGAGUUGCGUGUCCAACUUCAACGAUAGGUUCGAGGAAGUGAGGAAGCGAUGGGGCGGUGGAAUUAUGGGUAUCAAGUCUCAGCACAAGACGGAGAAGAAGAGGAAGGCAUUAGCGGCUGAAGAGGCCAAGCGUAUUGGCACUUAGACAAUUCGUAAAUUGCGACCAGUAUUCUUUUGACGCUCUGA